GGCUGUGCCUGCGGAGAGCUCCUGACGAGUUUCAACGCAUAUACGAUCAACAGUUAUAUAGAUACACAAGAUUGGUCUUUUGUAAAGCCUACGAAACGGAAGUUGGGUUUGGAGUGCUAUCUGAAGUGAAGAUUGAAGACGUGGUAGAAGAUGGACCACUGUUAUGCUAAGAUGGCGACGUCCGGUCAAAGAGAAGGCGGAAGAGAAUCAGCGCCACCAACUCCCAGCAAAUCAUCAACGGAGAAAAGGCAGGAAUGUGCAGAUGACGACAUCCAGCAAUUGAUUGGUUGUCAAGACGUACGACCUACUCAGCUGCAGGGGUUGAGCGCCACUUUAAAGCAGGAGGAUCGAGAGCACCCCAACAUUAAAGAGGAGGAAUUCCGGAUCACUCAGGAGGGAGAGUGUCUUCUUGGGCUGGGGGAGGAUGAUCUCACCAAGUUGCCACUGACUGGUGUCUCUGUGAAGACGGAAGACUAUGAAGACAAACCACCCGAGCCCUUAGAGGUUCGUCACAGUCCAAGUCAGGAGAACAGCGCUGCAGAGCGUUGGAGCUGCGGUUCACCACAACACAUAAAAGCAGAAGCUGAUGUAGACCACUGUGAAGGUGAUAUGAGGACUCACACUGAAAACAAACACUCUGAAUGCUCUAAAAAUAAGACAGUGAGUAAACAUUCCACCUGUUCAGUUUGUGCUAAAAGCUUUUCUUAUAAGAGUAAUUUGACUCGACACAUGAGAACACACACAGGAGAAAAACCUUUUAGUUGCUCAGUUUGUAGUCAAAGUUUCUCUGACAAUCGAAUCCUGGCAACACACAUGAGAACGCACACGGGAGAAAAACCGUUUGGUUGCUCAGUUUGUGGUCGAGGUUUCUGCCAAAGGUCUACCCUGGUACUGCACAUGAGAACGCACACGGGAGAAAAGCCUUUUGGUUGCUCUGUUUGUGGUCAAAGAUACUCUCAAAAGCGGUCUUUGGUAAUGCACAUGAGAACGCACACAGGAGAAAAACCUUUUGCUUGCUCUGUUUGUGGGCAAAGAUUUUCAGAAAAGCGUUGUCUGGUCAUACACAUGAGAAGGCACACAGGAGAAAGACCUUUUGCUUGCUCUGUUUGUGGUGAAAGAUUCGCUGAAAAGCGUUCUUUGGGACUGCACAUGAGAACGCACACAGGAAAAAAACCUUUUGAACCUUUUGGUUGCUCUGUUUGUGGCCAAAGAUUCUCUCAAAAGGGUUCUCUGGUAUUACACAUGAGAACACAUACAGGUGAAAAACCUUUUGGUUGCUCCGUUUGUGGCCAAAGAUUCUCUCACAAAGCAACUAUAGUAUCACAUUUGAGGAUACACACAGGAGAAAAACCUUUUGGUUGUUCUGUUUGUAGUCAGAGAUUCUCACAGAAUGGAAAUCUAGUUUCACAUAUGAGAACGCACACGGGAGAAAAACCUUUUGGUUGCUCAGUUUGUGGACAAAGUUUCUCUCAAAAGCAUUCUCUGGUAGUACACUCGAGAACGCACACAGGAGAAAAACCCUUUAACUGCCCAGUUUGUUGUAAAAGUUAUUCUAGUAAGAGAGGUCUGAACGUGCACAUGCAGACACACAGCAUAGAACAUGAAAGAAAAUGAUUGUUAUGGAAGCGUUAUGUCACUUGUGAGAAGUCCCCUCGAAAGCGUUGAGCUGAUGUGUAUGAUACCAGAUUCCCUCGUCAGCUCGUGUGCUGUCAUUAACAACGGCUACACAAAUUUGAUGAGUUGAAAACGUGGAUUUUGCUCUCAUCUUCCUUCUUUUGGAUGACACAAGUGUCCAUCAAUGGUCAUGAAUUUGUGAUUGUGUUAAGGCAAUGUUUUGCAAUAGUAUUGUACAUAAGCAUAGCAUAGGCCUCCUCCAGUUCAACAACACUUACAUCAGCUUUAAGGUAGGAAGUGGCCUGUGAAGUCCCCUCGCAAAAAUUUGGUUCUGGAGACAAUGACUAUGUUGUGUCCAUUUUAGAGACAAUUAGGCAAUUUUUGUUAUAUUUCUUUGUAAAUAUUUGGACUAUUGUCUCCUAAAAAUAUACUGUUAGAAAGUUCAGUAUUAUUUAGGUAACAAUCUCAUGUAAUAAGGCGGUAAAUGAAUUACGUAAUAUGGUAAAAGGCACCUGUAUAUAUGGAAUGUGUGGUAUGAUGACUCAGUACUGGUGUUAGUAGGGUUCUAUUGUAUAAUUACUCUAAUUACACCAACCAAUUAUAUUUUCCUAAAUUUAGUUGUUUCCGUUUUACAUUUUUUUUAAAUAAAGUUUUUUUACUUUUUUACAAAUAUUUUAUCACCAAAGUUUACUGGGGGGUUUUGUCAGUGUAUAAAAUGUUAAUAAUUAAGUGCAAAAAUCCAUUAAUUUAUUAAUAAAAUACAUAAUCGGACAAGUACUUCAGAACCAGAUGUAGCUUUGCUAUCUUUUCAUUGCUCCAAAAUCUUCAAUAACAUCAUAUCCGUGCUUGUGGUUAAAGAAGACAUAGUUGCAAAUGCAAUUGUAAUAGCUUCACACGAGGUUCCCAACUUACGAACACAAUUUGUUCCAGACGACCGUUCGCAAGUCGAACAAAAGGUAAUAUUACCAAUGAUAUGUACGUGUAUACAUAUACAGUAUAUGUGUAUGUAUGUAAAUAUGAGUUUGGAUGCAGUAGUAAUAUUAAACGAGGAUAAUUCAUGAAAAAAACAAUAAUAAAAAUGAUAUAAUAAUACGUAAUGAUAAAUGUUAUUUACCUUUGAAGAGGAUACGUCGUUGGUAGUGGAGGAGGAAGAGAUAUUGAAAAAAGUACAAAUCAUCGUCGUUGUUAGACUCUUCUAAAAGAGGUAGUUCAGGGGAAAAUACUGAGGUGGAAGGAAUUGGCGACGAAGGUGUAGGCAUUGGUGACGAGUCACUUGGUGACGACGGUGCAGGAGUAGCAGAUCUACGUUUGAGGAAGCUUUCGAUGGAAGUUUGUAUGGUCUUCCUUUUCUUCUGCUCGUAGAUGAUACGGUAGCGCUGUAGAGCGCCAUUUUCGAACAAAUUCAAAUGACAACAUAUCGCAAUUUUCGACAAAAUACAUGAAAAUAUAGACCAGUCUGUCAGGUAUCGGCCUGCGGCCGGCACGAGGAUCCCAAGAUGCCAGCAGGUGGUGGAAGAGGAUUUAUUAUGAAAAGGAUGCAACAGAGGAGCCAAAACAGGGACUAAACAAAGUAAAAAGAUCACCCGGAGGGGUCACGGGAAAAAACACACUAAGGCUAAACUAAAGGAGCUACCGAAAACGAUGAGGUAGAACGGCAAGGACUAUAAUUACACUAACAGAAAACACUAUCAGCAGCACAGGGCUAGGCAAAACAGUAUACACACUGUGGCAGGCAAGCGAGAGAAAAAGGUAACAAAAGGAGCAGCAAGGAGCUGAGAUAAGAUGCUGGAGGAAUAGCAGGUCGAGACAUAGGAGGUAGCUGGUGCGUCGUGGACUGUUAGCGAAGAGCUACAACGAACUGGCACCAUGCUGCAGGACCCUGCUGCUUAUCAAUAGUCCUCCUUAACGAGCUGCAGGUGUGCCAGGAGGGAACCAGGUGGUAGGAGGUGCGCUGAAACACAGAGCAGAAGGAGAGCAGGAGAGAGCAGCGCACAAUUCCUAACACAGUCAGCUUGCGUUCGUAUCUCCAAAUGUUCGCAAGUCGGAUGUUCAUAAGUUGAGAACCCAGUAUAUUCGUGUAAGCUAUUUUUUAUGGCACCCUUAUUUUAUUACCACUAUUAGGCAGGAUGUGAGCCGCUCUUAUUUUGAAGGCCAGAAGUGUGAUGUGUGUUUUGACUGUUGCUAAGUGUGAUACCUGUGGCUCUCGUCCAUAUUUCACACACAACCGGCCAUCCUAAAACACUCAUUUUCAUUAACAAGCACUAAAGCACAGCUACAGCCUGAGCGGCACACUAGCAUGCUCCGCUAAACUAAGCUAACUCAGCUGGCUUACACUCGCUAUUGGUGCACACGAGCUCACGCUCAGUGACAUGUAAGAGUUUUUUCGCCGACUUAUCCGAUGUUUCCGGUUGCCGCCUCGACACCGUUCAUUAAGGAGGGGGCUGGUUAGCCAAUUCCAUGAAGGCGGAAAUUAUAGGGGUCUACAAAAGGUCACACCUAAUGUAGGUAGCUUCAAAUGCUAUAAACAGUGAUGUUCAGUCCAAGGGAAUCACUAUAACUUUUAUAACUUUUGCUCUUUAUCUUUCUCUGGAAGAAAGCUAUUAUUCUACCUGACCUGCCUGCAGUGUCUUAUAAGACUUUUGUUGGUUUUGCCUCAUUUUGAAUGUAUUGUUCAAUGUAUUUUGGAGUGCAAAAUAAAAUUAACAGUAUCAAAUAUUUUUCUUAAAUAGAAAUGUGUCCCGCUUAACUUUGCAGAAUAAAAAUGUAUUUCUUUAACAGACCUGUGUCCUGAGUAACUUAAAGGAAAACUGGACUUUUUUGGGAAUUUUGCCCAUUUGUUCAUGUGAAACAUGAACACAUAUUUCUUUUUUGUGUAUGUGUGUGUUGUGUGUGUCCUCUCCAGCCAUUAGAACAAAUAGUACUGUAUUGUUGAUCUAGAUGCC